GAUAGCCUCGGUGGUAACAGCAAGACUGCCAUGGUAGCAACAGUGAGCCCAGCAGCAGACAACUAUGACGAGACCCUUUCAACGCUGAGGUACGCAGACCGGGCCAAGAACAUCGUUAAUCACGCCGUGGUGAACGAAGACCCCAACGCUCGCAUUAUUCGGGAGCUCCGUGAGGAAGUGGAGAAGUUGCGAGAGCAGCUAACGAAAGCAGAGGCUAUGAAAUCACCCGAAUUGAAAGAACGAUUGGAGGAGUCAGAAAAGUUGAUUCAGGAAAUGACUGUGACCUGGGAAGAAAAAUUAAGAAAAACUGAGGAGAUAGCACAGGAGCGUCAGAAACAGUUGGAAAGCCUUGGCAUAUCUCUUCAGUCUUCCGGAAUAAAAGUUGGGGAUAACAAGUGUUUCCUGGUUAACCUGAACGCAGAUCCAGCUCUCAAUGAACUUCUGGUAUACUAUUUAAAGGAGCACACGUUAAUAGGCUCAGACAACUCUCAAGAUAUCCAGCUGUGCGGGAUGGGAAUUCUUCCUGAACAUUGCAUCAUAGACAUCACUCCAGAAGGACAGGUUAUGUUAACGCCUCAAAAAAAUACUAGGACGUUUGUAAAUGGUUCUGCCGUCGUGUGUCCUAUCCAGCUACAUCACGGAGACAGAAUACUGUGGGGAAACAACCACUUCUUCAGGCUGAACUUGCCAAAGAAGAAGAAGAAGGCAGAUCAUGAGGAUGAAGAGCGAGACAACUCUAUGAAGUGCAGUAACAGCGUUGAGCAGCUGGACAUAGAUGGAGACAAUUCCAGUGAAGUGUCUAGUGAGAUUAACUUCAGCUAUGAAUAUGCCCAGAUGGAAGUCACGAUGAAGGCACUCAGCAGUAAUGAUCCCAUGCAGUCCAUCUUGCAAAGCCUGGAGCAGCAACACGAAGAGGAGAAGAGAUCUGCGCUGGAACGACAGAGACUGAUGUACGAACACGAACUGGAGCAAUUACGAAGGCGCUUGUCGCCCGAGAAGCAGCAUUUCCGCAGCAUGGACAGGUUCUCCUUUCAUUCUCCCAGCGCUCAGCAGCGCUUACGGCAGUGGGCAGAGGAGAGAGAAGAAAUGUUGACCCACAGCCUGAGAAAGCUGCGAGAGCAGAUCGUUAAAGCCAACUUGUAUGUGAGAGAAGCCAAUUUUAUUGGAGAGGAAUUGGAUAAGAGGACAGAGUAUAAAGUUACCCUCCAGAUCCCAUCUUCAAGCCUUAAUGCUAACAGUAAGAGAGGCGCGAUUCUCAGUGAGCCUGCUAUUCAAGUGAGGAGGAAAGGGAAAGGCAAACAGAUCUGGUCACUGGAAAAGCUGGAGAAUCGAUUGGUAGACAUGAGGGAUCUUUACCAGGAGUGGAAAGACUGUGAGGAAGACAACCCAGUGAUGAGAGCUUACUUCAGGCGAGCUGACCCAUUCUACGACGAGCAGGAAAACCACAGCCUUAUAGGAGUAGCCAAUGUUUUUCUUGAGUGCCUCUUCUAUGAUGUGAAGCUACAAUACGCUGUUCCAAUCAUCAAUCAGAAGGGAGAGGUAUCAGGUCGUCUCCACGUUGAGGUUGUUCGAGUGAGUGGAGAGAUCGACGACAGGUUGGUUGGAGGUGAGGAUAGUCCAGACUAUUCAAAUGAAAAUGACAUUCAGGAGAGGAAACUUGUCUGCAGG